CAAAUCUGCUGGACGGAUGCAGAAAAUCUCGGGUUAAGGAUCUUAAAAGCAACACGGUGGCUAGGCUGUUACGGGUGAUUUUUAAAUGCGUGGUUAGCGCGGAAGUUUUAACAGGUUAAUUUGUCACCCAACUUCAAAACAGGCGCUUGCACGAGCCAAAGGAACGAACAGGGAGAGCGCUUCUUGAUAACAGCUACAGUCAACAGAACUGCUAACUGUGCACGCAGCGAAGGAGUGCUCGGGUGGCACAGCGAAGUCCUAUCGAAAGAACUACCAGCUGAAGGAAGAAAUUGAAAUAAAAGGCCAGUCCACUAUGGAUAUGACUGACAGCCGACUAAAACAGGAGUUUGUUAGUGUCUGGGUCCAGGAUCCGCAAUUCCAUAAAGAUGGCUUCUGGCACACACACAUCGACUAUGAGAUCGGUUUGCAUACCAAUAGCAUGUGUUUUAGGAGGAAGCGUUCUUGUGUGCGGAGGCAGUACAGUGAAUUUGUUUGGCUCCGCCAGCGUCUGCAGGACAACGCUUUGCUAAUGGACUUGCCUAAACUGCCUCCCUGGAACCCGUUCUUCAGUCUGCGCAACUCCUGCCAAGUCAAUGAGCGGAUGAAGGGCCUACAGGAGUUCUUGCAGAUUGUCCUACAGGACCCUCUGGUGCUUUCUGACAGCAGAUUGCACCUGUUCCUGCAGUCUAACCUCAGCGUGGCCAAGAUGGACCGGUGUGCCUCAGGCCAGACACGUUAUACUGUAGCCCAGGCCAUCCAUAGAUGCAAAGACUGCCCAAGCACAUGCUACCCAGUACAGGAAUGCAAGGCCCACUACGAUUCGGACUGUGAAAGCACUACAUCAUCGGGUCUGGGACACAGCCACGACUCUGGGGUCCCCCAGAGUGACAGUCCUCUACUUUUUGGAGGCCCUUGUGAGGACUGCGACCGGGCCCUCUGCAGCUGUCUCUCUGAGUCUGCCUGUGACCAGGAACAUCCAGAGUCCUGAUCAACAGAGAUUCUCUAAGGGCUUUUGUCCAGGACUAAGCUUGCUGUGUCUAGGAAACAGCCUUCAAGUUUAUUUUGCUGCGGUUCCCAUGUGUGCUUCUCAAACCUCUGAAGAGAAGGGCCUCUAUUUGGUACUGUUUGUUGGCAUUCUGUUUUUAAUAUCUGAGUUAUGAUUUAAAGGAUUUGUUAUACUGCUUCUCCCUGUAUUACGAACUAGCACUUGCUAGUGAACAAGCCACUUGAACUGUUGUCCAAAAUGAUUGUCUUAAUGCUCUUUGUCUUAAAUGCUUUUUGUGCCUUUUUAGCUGUUUGUAAACCUUCAGUGACCCUGAGAUUCUUAAAUUAUUUCUAUUUGCACUAUUAAAUUGUGUUCAAUGGUUAGCAAGGAAUGCGAAGACUAUUGUAUAGACUCACUUAAAAAAAUAAUUGUAAAAGAACUACUGAAAAUAUUCUAAGCAUCAAUAAAUCGUUUUUUUUAAAGAAA